UGAAGGUUGCGCUGGCUCGCGCGACUUCCGGGACAGAGGGCUGUGGCUGGAAGGCACCGCGCAUCCGGCGGGGAGUGUAGAAGUCGCGUUGGUUCGGCCCAAUGGCGGCGCCGCUGCUUCACACGCGGUUGCCGGGAGAUACGGCUGCUUCGGCCUCUACCGUCAACACGCUGGGCACGUCGAGGACCGGGAUUUCAAAUAUGCUUGCAUUAGAAAACGAUUUUUUCAAUUCUCCCCCAAGAAAAACUGUUCGGUUUGGUGGAACCGUGACAGAAGUCUUGCUGAAGUACAAAAAGGGUGAAACAAAUGACUUUGAGUUGCUGAAGAACCAGCUGUUAGAUCCAGACAUAAAGGAUGACCAGAUCAUCAACUGGCUGCUAGAAUUUCGUUCUUCUAUCAUGUACUUGACAAAAGACUUUGAGCAGCUUAUCAGUAUUAUAUUGAGAUUGCCUUGGUUGAACAGAAGUCAAACAGUAGUGGAAGAGUAUUUGGCUUUUCUUGGUAAUCUUGUGUCAGCACAGACUGUUUUCCUCAGACCAUGUCUCAGCAUGAUUGCUUCCCAUUUUGUGCCUCCCCGAGUGAUCAUUAAGGAAGGCGACGUAGAUGUUUCAGAUUCUGAUGAUGAAGAUGAUAAUCUUCCUGCAAAUUUUGACACAUGUCACAGAGCCUUGCAAAUAAUAGCAAGAUAUGUACCAUCGACACCGUGGUUUCUUAUGCCGAUCCUGGUGGAAAAAUUUCCAUUUGUUCGAAAAUCAGAGAGAACACUGGAAUGUUAUGUUCAUAACUUACUAAGGAUUAGUGUUUAUUUUCCAACCUUGAGGCAUGAAAUUCUGGAGCUUAUUAUUGAAAAGUUACUCAAGUUGGAUGUGAGUGCAUCCCGGCAGGAUAUUGAAGAUGCUGAGGAAACAGAAGCACAAACUUGUGAUGGGACAGAUUCCACAGAAGGAUUGUUUAAUAUGGAUGAAGAUGAAGAAACUGAACACGAAGCAAGGGCUAAUCCCGAACGGCUUGACCAAAUGGUGCAUCCUGUAGCCGAGCGCCUAGACAUCCUGAUGUCUUUGCUUUUGUCCUACAUGAAGGAUGUCUGCUAUGUAGAUGGUAAGGUUGAUAACAGCAAAACGAAGGAUCUGUAUCGCAACCUGAUAAACAUCUUUGACAAACUCCUGUUGCCCACCCAUGCCUCCUGCCAUGUACAGUUUUUAAUGUUUUACCUCUGUAGCUUCAAAUUGGGAUUUGCAGAGGCAUUUCUGGAACAUCUCUGGAAAAAAUUACAGGAUCCAAGUAAUCCUGCCAUCAUCAGGCAGGCUGCUGGAAAUUAUAUCGGAAGCUUUUUGGCAAGAGCUAAAUUUAUUCCUCUUAUUACUGUAAAAUCAUGCCUAGAUCUUUUGGUUAACUGGCUGCACAUAUACCUUCAUAACCAGGAUUCAGGAACAAAGGCAUUCUGUGACGUUGCUCUCCAUGGACCAUUUUACUCAGCCUGCCAAGCUGUGUUCUACACCUUUGUUUUUAGACACAAGCAGCUUUUGAGUGGAAACCUGAAAGAAGGUUUGCAGUAUCUUCAGAGUCUGAAUUUUGAGCGAAUAGUGAUGAGCCAGCUAAACCCCCUGAAGAUUUGCCUGCCAUCGGUGGUUAACUUUUUUGCUGCAAUCACAAAUAAGUAUCAGCUCGUCUUCUGCUAUACCAUCAUUGAGAGGAACAAUCGCCAGAUGCUGCCAGUCAUUAGAAGUACCGCGGGAGGAGACUCAGUGCAGACCUGCACAAACCCGCUGGACACCUUCUUCCCCUUUGAUCCCUGUGUGCUUAAGAGGUCAAAGAAAUUCAUUGAUCCUAUUUAUCAGAUAUGGGAAGACAUGAGUGCUGAAGAGCUGCAGGAGUUCAAGAAACCCAUUAAAAAGGAGAUAAUGGAAGAUGAAGAUGAUGAUUUUCUGAAAGGUGAAGUGCCCCAGAGUGAUACUGUGAUUGGGAUCACACCGAGCUCCUUUGACGCACAUUUCCGAAGUCCCUCAAGUAGCAUGGGCUCCCCACCCUUGUUGUACAUGCAACCCAGUCCUCUCUGACCUCGAAGAGUUGUGACCGAGAUGUGACAUUUGGGAUUCCCCAUCACUUGUCACCCCCUCAGCACCCAGCUGGUGCCAUUGAAUAUUGACUGCAUUGAGCUAGAGUGAGCACCUGCCUCCGCUGUGGCACUCCAGGUUAGACUCAAUCAAGCAUCUGAAGCAGGCGUCCCCAAACUUUUUACACAGGGGGCCAGUUGAC